AUGCGUACUCCAGCAACUACUGCGCUACUUUGCGUGCUUCUGGGAGGUGCCAGCGCGGCUCCUCAGCUUCGAGAUGCGGCCGUCUGCAUCCCUCAGAGGGACUCGAAUCCCCACCGCCAAGCGGCUGGUGUUUCCCAACGCAACUCCGGCUUCGUCUACGGCCCGUCACUGAUCGGCGAGGCCGCGCCGUUCCCCAACGGCACGAUGGGCAACGCGCGCUCCAAGGGCGACUACGAUCUCUGGUCCGUCGACCGCAAGGAGAUUGACAGCCGGAUCGCUGCCGAUCUGCAGCAGAUCCAGGCUGCUGUCAAGACUAAUGGCGGCUUGCGCACAUGGGAUGACUACGGCAAGGUUCUUUACGAGGGCCAGCUCAAGCAGUCCAACCCUCGCGGUCCCGCGCCCGGCAUCAUUGCCAACGCCACUCAGGAUCUUGCCAGCGAGAAGCUCCCCUUCGACGUCAACGCCGAGAUCGUCGGCAAGGUGGUCGACACCGGCGCCACGCUGCACAGCCUCCAAGCUUCCAAGAGACUCUUCUACGUGGACCACUCGUACCAAAACGCGUACACCCUUCCCUCCGUCGUCAAGCGCUUCCCCGUCGCCUGUAGCGCCUACUUCUACAUCGACCCCAAGACCAACGACUUCCUGCCACUCGCCAUCAAGACCAACACCGGUAUCGACCUGACCUACACCCCGCUCGACUCGGCCGCCGACUGGCUCCUGGCCAAGAUGAUGUUCAACGCCAAUGACAUGUUCCACGCGCAGAUGCUGCACUUGGUCAUCUCGCACGACGUCUCCGAGUCGGUCCACCAGGCGGCCCUGCAUACGCUGAGCGAGAACCACCCGGUCAUAGUGGUCCUCGAGCGCUUGAUGCUCCAGGCGUACUCGUCGCGCAUCGUCGGCGAGGAGCUGUGCUUCAACCCCGGCGGCCACUGGGACCAGCUGAUGGCCUACGACAAGUUCAGCUGCCGCAGAUUCGUCAGUGAUCAGUGGCCCGUCGCCGGCAAGUUCCGCGCCGGAGCACUCGAGACGGACCUCGAGUCGCGUGGGCUCCUCGACCACAAGGGCGCCUCCGUGUUCAAGUCGUUUCCCUUCUGGGACGACGCGAAGGAGAUCCGCGACGCUUACCGAGCGUUCUUCGAGAGCUUCGUCGAGUCCUACUACCGGACGGAGCUGGACCUCGCGGGCGACUGGGAGGUCCGCAACUGGUUCGCUGAGGCCUCCGCGCACGCCAAGGCGCAGGACUUCCCCCCCGCGCACCCGCUCUCCAGGGCGACCCUCGUCGACGUGCUGACGCACUUUGGCUUCGUGUUGUCCGUCGGUCACCACUCGAUGAACGGCGGCGCGCCGAUUGCCAGCCGCACGCGGCCGUUCCACAUUCCCGCGCUGUACGCCGCGCCGCCCGCCGCCAAGGGCGUCACGGACCUGCUGCCGUACUUGCCGGACGCGCCGACGGCGCUGCACUACAUCGGCUUCAUGGCGUCGUUCAACCGCCCUUUCUACGGCGCGGACGGGCGCACGCUGGAGAGCGUGUUCUCCGGGGAUGGGAUGCUGAAGAGGCUCAACAAGGGCACCAACGAUGCGGCUGCGCAGUUUCUCAAGACGCUGCAGGGGCUCAGCGACAAGAUUCGGGCGCGCAAGUUUGACGGGGAUGGGCUUAGCCAGGGCAUGCCGUUCCUGUAUCGCACUCUGGACCCAGGCUACAUCCCGUUCUUCUGCGCAGUGUAA